AUGGAAGCAAACGGCAGUAAAUACACUGACCAGGGAGCGAAUGGCACUGCUGGUGAACGAAGUUCUUUCAGCUCAGCUCCUAGACAAUCCUCUGUAUUCAUGAAAUAUGUUCGACCUUGUUUUGCUGAAUUUCUUGUUGUCUUAAUUUUCGUGUUCAUCGGUGUCUGCAGUGUAGCCAAUGUACCGUCGUUUAUACCCUUUGUUCAUGGCCUCACAAUUAUGGUGUUAGCAUUUCUUGCUGGUGGAAUAAGGUAUGUAAAUAGUUAAGAGAAUUUCGACGUUUCGAGCGAAGGCCCUUCCGGCUUCGUCAGUCUGGAGUAACUCGCCAGUAAAUUGAAGUAUAAUAUAGGCAAUUGGUAUAUUUUGUCGGCCAUCUUGUUUGCAUGAACGCCGCGCGUGGUUUACGCGAAUGAUAUCAUCCGGCCUUUCAGUAGUCUGUUCAGUAGCUUUCAUAUCACCGGGUGACAGGUAGUCUGUUCAGUAUAGCUUUCAUAUCACCGCUUCGUCAAAUACGAUGACGUAUAAGGCGUACAUGAUUCGAUGAUAAAUUUCAUGCUCACGUGGCACAAAUUUAGGUUUCUGAUUGGAAUUUGACGUAUAAUAUUAUAUACAAAAUAUUAACCUUUGGAAAUGACUGAUAUCGGCAGCAUUCAUCCUUGAUUUUUUUCGAGCAGUUUAUCUACAACAGGUGAACUAAUCAGGCAUAAUUAAUUGUCAGAUAUUAUAAUUUCUAAGUUGCUCAAUCAUUUUGUCUAAAAUAUAUACAUCGCAAUAGAGUGAUUUAUGCAAAUAUUAUACCUCAAAUUCAAAAUGUCCAAUUAGAAAGCUAAGUUUGUGUCACGUGAGCAUGAGGGUUGCGGGUCUCUCUCCUCCGCAGAGGCUUCUGUUGGCUAUGAUUAUUGAUUACGAUUAGUAUAUUGAGAUACAUUUCACUACACUUUCCACGGCGGAUCUUGGAACACGAGGGGAGCCGCUGGGCGAAGCAGCACAGUUGCGGGUGAUUUCAAUCGUAUUACCAACGAGAUUACCCGCGUGAUAUGAUAUGUCACUGAUUACCCGCGUGAUAUGAUUCGCGUAAACCACGCGCGAAGAUCGCACAAACAAGAUGGCCGACAAAAUAUACUAAAAAAUCUAAAUAGUUAUGAAUUAUUGAGAAAAAAGCUCUGAUAAAUACAUACUGAGGUCUGAUAUAGUUAAUGUGAUGUAUUUACAUUUUAUACCCAGCUAUAAAUGCCCAACCUUUACAAGUUGGACAAUUUCAUGUAUGUAAAAUAAAAUAAAAAUCAAUAUUCCACUAAGCACUGAUAUUAAAUUAAGCGCAUCACCCUUAAGAUCGUGGGUUCGAUUGUCACUGCGGACUUGCAACACUUGUGUGAAAAGAAUCGGUCAACCCUCUACCGAAUGUUGUUGACAUUCGUCCACAGUCUGAAUCCCCCCUCCCCCCCCCCAUAGGGAAUGUGUCGAGAUGAGUUGCCAUGAGCCCCAAACUGGCCCUUAAACCUCACUCAUGUGCUCCGUGAUCGGACAUUAAUUACCGGAAUAUAAGGUGGCUGCCAGAGGCGCCCUUAGAAAACUUUCAUUUCGAUCAGGGUUGAAGUGCGUCCUUCGUAAUGCAGUUUAGCUCUCAGCUGCAAGUAAUCUGUAUAAGGAUGAUUAGCGCACCCACACCCACCCACCUACUCACUUGAAAGAAUACGUUUGGCCUGUAUUAACUGUCUCAUUGCUUUUUUCAGCGGUGGUCAUAUCAACCCAGCUGUCACAUUAGGAGUAUUACUUGCUGGAGCCAUCAGUCCAUUACUUGCUUUAGGUUAUGUCGUAUCACAGUUGCUAGGAGCUAUCGUUGGCGCAGGUUUCGCACGG